UGGCUUUGGUUCUUGCUGGAAAAAUUUGGCAUAAGUCCCAUGCGAGCAGAAGUUCCGGAGCAGGGAGAAGUGCACGGGACUGCAGCGUGACAAGCCGGGUCGGGGUCAAGGGAGGUGACACACGUGUGUAGCCGCAGCACAUGCGCACCAGGCCCGGCCGGCUGGGGCAGCGAGGGCGCCGGGGGUCGCCAACAGCCUCCCGGCGCAUGCGCACUCCCCUUCGGACUUCGCGGGCGCGGUGUGCGCGCGCGUCCCGCGGUCCCGCCUCCCAGUCUUCUGCGCCUGCACGGGCCACAGCGCGCUCUUCUCGCCGGCUGCUGCGUCGUGGUCGGGGGCAGAUGGCGGGUCGGCGGUUGCUGCUGCUGCUGUUGCUGGCGGGGCUGCUGGUGCCCGCGCGCCUCCAAACGCCGGGACAAGGGCCCGCGCCGUGCCCCGAGCACGAGUUCCGCUGCGCGUCCGGCGACGCCUGCUUCCCGCGCACCUUCCUCUGCGACGGCCACGACGACUGCGAGCACGGGGAGGACGAGCGGGACUGCGCGGCGCCCAGCGCAGAGGCCGCCCCGUGCGGCGCGGGCGAGUUCGGCUGUCUCCAGGGGGGCUGCGUGCCGCUGCAGCAGACGUGCGACGGGGAGCGCGACUGCGCGGACGGCAGCGACGAGAGCACCUGCAGCGCCCCUGGGCUCCCGUGUGGGCCCCGCCUGUGGCAGUGCAGGACCGCCAGGCUGUGCCUGCCCUGGGGGCACCUCUGUGACGGUCACAGGGACUGUCCCGAUGGCACGGAUGAAUCUGCCGAAACCUGCCAGCUCCACGAGGCCCUGUCCUCCACGGGGCCCAGCACAGCCAGCACAGAGGUCCCCCUGUGCGGCGCGGGUGAAUUUCGCUGUCUCCAAGGGGGCUGCGUGCCGCUGCAGCAGACGUGCGACGGGGAGCGCGACUGCGCGGACGGCAGUGACGAGAGCACCUGCAGCAGCACCCCCGGGCUUUCGUGUGGGCCCCACCUGUGGCAGUGCAGGACUGCCAGGCUGUGCCUGCCCCGGGGGCACCUCUGCAACGGCCACAGGGACUGUCCUGAUGGCACAGAUGAAUCUGCCGAAACCUGCCAGCUCCACGAGGCCCUGUCCUCUGUGGGGCCCAGCAUGGCCAGCACAGAGACUCCAUCUGAGACCCCAGGAUCAUUUCUGCAUCAAGCUCCCUUGUGGGUGAUAGCUACCAUUGUGCUCCUGAGUGUUCUGGUGGGUAUAGGCUGCAUCUCUGCAUGGCGACGAUCCAGAAAAAAGAGCAGCUUCACCAGUAUCAGCCUUGAAAAAACUUCCAAGGAACAGCUCAUGCCUGCCAGAAGACCCUCAACUACAUUUCCCUGAUGGGAAGUUCCUGCCUGCAGGUUGGCUCAAUCAUCUUCGCACUCCCUGAAGAUGCUGUUCAGAUAGAUCUUGACAAGGUCUCAGGGGUUUGAUUGGGUGACAGUUGCACUAAAAUAAUUAAGGAUGUUCCCCCAGCACAAGUAUAUAUACUGUGGGAAAUUGGCAUUGGAGAAUCAGAAAUGACCCUUCUGGUGCUGUGAAAUCAAAUGUCCCAUGAAGGUGAUGGCAGUUCUUGGGAUGCUGUAAUGGUUACCCUAGGGAGGAUAUUGCACAUGCUGCUUCUCACCAGAGAUUAUAGUCAUGAUAUAAUUUUACUGUACUACAAGUCUUCUAAGUAUUACCUGCUGGCAUUAACCCAUCAAGGAGUUGAAAAACUGACAUGCUUCCUGUACCCCUGGGCUUUUCACUGAUGACAGGUUGAGCUUUAGCUUCUAGGCACAUGAUGUGGCAUUUGGGACCCAAGUGCUCUUCAUUCCCACUGAAGUCUAUGUAAGAAGUGUUCUCUGCUUCUUGUAGUAUUCAGCCUAGUGUUCCCACCUUAACGCUGGGUUUCCUAGAAGUUGCCUGUUUAAUGUAGUUGGAAGAGCAUCUGAGCAAAUCUUGUCAAAACCAAAAACAGCAGGAGUCAGUUUUGCAUUUCAUUGCUUUUAGCUCUUAAUUUUGGUGUCAUAACCAGUUGCUACCUUCAUGAAAUCAGUUCAUGCAGUAGACCAUUGGCUUUUCAGUUUGUGUGCGUGUGUAUAAGGCAUUGCUACUGUAGAGGGAACUACUAGCAGAGGGGAAGGGAUGUGCACUCUUUUCCCCCAUUUAAGCCAGUAGUUACCUCUGUUUCCAUGUUCACUGAAUGUAAGCUGAGAAUUCUACUUAGAGGGCAAACACUCCAGCCAGCAGUCUCAGAGUGCAGGACUCCUAUGGGUUUUGUACAGCAAGCACCUGUGCAUUUGUAGCACAGGGGAGAGAGUUUGUAAGAGUUAUGAAUUAUUUAAAAUUCCACUUCUUCCCAGCUUUCGGAUAGCACAGAAUGAGAGGCUGAAUCUGUGAGGGUGGAGCACUCUGCUUCUGGGUGACUGACAGAUAUAUGAAAAUGUUAGUUUAUGGGCGAAUAAAACUUUUAAAG